CUAAGAAUGAGGAAACAGCACCCCAUCCCUCUCGUGACGAUUUCUCCCCGUUUCUCAGGACAUGCAGUAGGAUACCUAUGGGAUAUAGUCUAACAUAGCCUACAGAGAUGGAAAACGUAAAACAACCCGACCACUAUAUCGUCGAAUUAAAGUCCUGUUUGCUCCAGGUUGUGCCAUUGCCACGAGCGCAUGUUGUUGGUCUUAAGCAACGCAGUGGAUGCACGCGGCUGCGUCAUUUCCUGACAGAGGACGGUCUGAGGCGAAGGAGCCGCUAGUCUUCGCUCAGUCGCUGUAGUAACGUCUGAGAAGCGGAGACACCGAGCAGCAGGUCACCUCCACACCGCUACCGGACGGAUAAUACAAAACACAGGCAGCGAGCAAAUGUCGUUUGGGUCCUGUUACACUUCUGGAUAUUUAUUUUUUUGUGAACUUGACGUCGUUUGGAACUAAAACCGUGAGCGGAGCGGGAUAUUGUGAACUCCUCGGGACGCUGAGCAGGAGCAUAAAAAUAACUUUUUUCUUUUUCUCUUUCUUCGUCGAGGAAAUAGUUGGUUUUGCUUGUUGAAUUGGCUGAGCAUCACCGGACCAAGUAGCCUACAAGUAGUUUUCAGUCCUGGGGUUGUUUAUUCCGCCCUGUAGCGGAACUGUUGACGGUGAGGCGGACACCAGAGAAGCAGCGGCUCGGCAGCCACCUGACCUCCUGGAAAAUAAGACCGCAGCUAAUGACACGGAGGCUGAGAUCCUGACGUGGCUCAUAAGCUCUCUGACGGAGUAGGACGACUUUUCCGCGAGGCUGUUGCAUGUCCAGUUUUGACGCAACGUUUCACACAUGAAGUUUGCAGAAUCCAAUUAGGCUACUCAUAGGCUAUCUUAAUUAUGGUAAGUGCUAAUUAAUUUGUGUCAACUGUGAAAUUGAAUUAGUUGGACUUAAUUGCCCGUUGAAGUUACCGCUUUUUGAGCUCUAUCCAGCAAAUUGCGAGUAAUAAGUGGAGUAUCUGUCGGAGCCAGACAGCAUGGAUAUAACCGGAGUGCACGUCCUCCAGCGGUAGUGAUGCCAAGCGCCGGUCUGAACCCGCGCCGCCAGCCCGUAAUGCCUGCUCUCUAACCCGCAUCAGUGUGGCGCCUUGUCCCGGUCACACAGCUAGGAUGAGCAGCACCGACCUGGAGCGCAUGUCGCUCAGCUCCUCGGCCAACUCGGUGGCCUCCAGCGCGCGGACGCUGUCGGCCAACGUGAGAAAGCUGCACAACGCGCUCAACCUCCUACUCAACGACUUCGAGAGGGAGCAGUUCAUCCACUGUCUCAACGUCUACCACUCCAAACGCAACGUGUACGACCUGGUGCAGACCCUUAACGUCAUCCUCAACGCACCCAGCAAGCGGCAACUUCUGCCCAUGCUGCGGCUGGUCAUCCCCCGCUCUGACCAGCUUCUCUUCGAGCAGUACACCUCGGAGGGCCUCUACUUGAAAUCGGAUUUAGUUGCAAGCAAUGGCAACGCUGAAACUCCACCGGGCGACUUCCCCAGCGCCAGCCCGACUCCCCCGGGGCAUUUCUCGCCGAGCAACCCGCCUGAGUUUCAGGUGGCGUUGCGUGGCUCGCCGGACAGCUUCAGCACCAGCAGCGACGGGACAGCUCCCCUGGUGCCGCUGCUCGGGAGGAACUUUAUCCACGAGCCGCCGGGAGAACUGCGGCAGGUGACCAUGAAGCGGCACAAGAGCAACGAGGGCCUGGGCUUCAGCAUCCGCGGCGGGUCGGAGCACGGGGUCGGCAUCUACGUGUCCCUGGUGGAACCGGGGAGCCUGGCAGAGAAAGAGGGACUCCGGAUCGGUGACCAGAUCAUGAAAGUCAACGACAAAGUCUUCGACAAAGUCACUCAUGCUGAAGCAGUGAAGGUGCUGAAGGGCAGUAAAAAGCUUUGUCUCUCUGUGCGUUCAGUCGGGCGAAUUCCUGGCGGCUAUGUCACCAACCAUGUUUAUACCUGGGUCGACCCUCAGGGUCGGAGUGUAUCCCCUCCUCCUGACCUGCCUGAGCAUCGCAGCGCGACCCUGAGGAGAAGUGACAGCCAGCGGCGCAGCAACAUGCAGCUACUGCAGGAGGGAGAUGAGAAGAAGGUCAACUUGGUUCUGGACGACGGCCGGUCUCUUGGUCUAAUGAUCCGGGGGGGAGCAGAAUAUGCUUUGGGUAUUUACAUCACCGGAGUGGACCAGGGAUCAGCAGCAGAGUGUGGAGGACUUAAGGUGGGCGACCAGAUCCUGGAGGUGAACGGCCGCAGCUUCCUGGGCAUCCCUCACGACGAGGCCGUCAGGGUCCUGAAGUCGUCGCGUCACCUGAUGAUGACAGUGAAAGACGUGGGCCGCCUGCCGCACGCCAGGACGGUGGUGGGAGAGACCAAGUGGAUUGCCAGCUCCCAGAUCGCAGAGAGCUCCGCCAACAGCAGCGUGGCAGGCUUCUCAGUGGACCAAGGCGCAUCUGCAGCAGGAAAGCCUGGGUUUUAUAAGGGUGUGGCGGGCUCACAGGUGACUCUGUCCAGCCUGGUGAACCAGUCCCGGGCAAUGCUUGACGAGCAGGCGCGCCACCUGCUGACCGAGGUGGAGCGGCAGACCAUGAGCUACUACGUGGAGGAGUACCGGGACGGCCACAUCGGCGUGGAGCAGCUGGUCAUGGCGUUGUUCGAGCUGCUCAACACUCACGCAAAGUUUUCUCUGCUGUCAGAGGUACGAGGGCUGGUCACGCCGCAGGACCUGGAGUGUUUUGACGGGAUGGUACUGCGACGUGAGAUUCAGGCUCUGAAGGCGCGGCAGGGCACAGCUGGAGCCACAGCCCUGCAGCCAGAUGCCCUGUCUAUGGUGUCGUACCCUGAUACCCUGACCUCGUCCUCAGCCAGCUUCAUGACCAACACCACCCUCAGCUCUGCACGGAACAACAGCGUGGUGGAGAGUAAUGAGGAGGAUCCUCCGGAGAGUCUGAACACGCUGCUCACCGACAUCUCUCUGGAUGACGUACAGUCCACCACCGCCGAAUCCCCCCCCUCCUUCAAGCCUCCACCCCCACCGGGGGUGCAGAGGCGCUCGAGUAGACGAGAUCACCUCAACAAAUGCCCCUCGUCCGAAUCCUCCCACUCAGGCUUGUACUUCACAGCCCCGAACUCCCACAACCAAAGUAAAGAGCCAGGACACAGCCCUGCCUCACCCUCACUGCACCACAAACGAGAACAUCCCAGGGACCCGUCUCGGGACUAUGCGGCCAUCAGAAAGAGAGAGCCUUCGGUACCAUCCAAGAAAGAACAAAUCACAGCUGCUCAGUUGUCCAUGGUCACCCAACACAACAUCGGCCCUUUCCCCAGGGUCCAGUCCCCCAACAGAGGCACCAAACCUGCUGCCCCGUCCCCUUCACCUCCACCUCCACCUCCACCUCCACUCCCUGCUCCUCAUCCACCCCCAUCUCUACCCCUUAAGCCAGUGUCCAUGUCCAAAGCCUCCCCCGCUUCCUCUCCUGGCUCUAAACAGCAGUUUGUUACAGUGGAGGUUCACAGGCCCAACGCAGAGCCCGAUGUCAACGAAGUGCGGCCGCUGCCGCAAGCUCGAGGUGGUGCCCUGUCUCAGCUGUCAGACAGCGGCCAGACCCUCAGUGAGGACAGUGGUGUGGACAUAGCUGAGUCAGGACACAUCAGCAAAGACAGCAGCCCCCAUUCCUCACGCACACGCCUCCCCCGAGACACCCAGGGAGGCGGGGGGGACAACCCCUCCAAACCGCCAGGGCUGUUGGAGCCCACCUCUACACUAGUGAGGGUGGCAAAGAGUGCCAGCACCCUGGGUAUUGCCAUUGAAGGUGGAGCCAACACUCGCCAGCCGCUACCACGAAUUGUCACAAUACAGAGGGGUGGCUCAGCUCAUAACUGCGGCCAGCUGAAGGUGGGUCAGGUGAUCCUGGAGGUAAACGGGGUUUCCCUUAGGGGCCGCGAGCACAGGGACGCCGCACGCCUCAUCGCCGAGGCCUUCAAGACCAAAGAGAGGGACCACGUGGACUUCCUGGUGACGGAGUUCAAUGUGGCGCUAUAGCUGAGCGGAGAGAGGACGAUCACAGGAGCAGUGAAGGCCAAGUGCAGAGCAGUACAAGGAGAAGAUGAGAAGGAGACAUUGAAGCGUCUGUUGAUUUAAAUGGCACAACUCUUUUAGAUAGACGUAAACAAACCACCACCUGAUCUCUGAGCCCUUCUCCCAUUAAACCCCUGAAUCUGGACACAUGAUACUCAAAUUUAUACGGUAUUAUCUCCACUGUGGACUUUGUUCAGGAUUCUCCUCAACGUGUUACCUCCCCACUGUGAGACCUUAUGCACUACAAUGGAAAAUAGUGAAACCUAUUUCUUUUCUUUGUUCUCUCAGUGUUAGAAUUCGUGGAUUUGCAAUCAUUUGAAAACCACUGGAACUUCUCCUAGCGCUCCCACGUCCCAUGGUCAGUUGAUUUUAUUUAUUUUUUCGCUUCUAUCUGAGAGACAGCUGCACAUCUGAGACUGAUUCUGGCUCUUUACGAGCUCGGAUUUGUAUAUGUAAAAAUGAACAAAUGUAGAUACAGAUGCAUAUAUACUGUACACAUAAAGAAACUCCUAUAUGAAUUAUAAAACCCGUAACCUCCGUUGCAUCAUCAACAUAUAGGUAAUAUAUUUCAAAAAUGAUGAUGAUGAUGAUGAGUCAGGCUUUCCUGCCGACAUGGGAAUCUGCUAAUUUUACAGCGAUGCUACAGGCCCAUCUUCACAUUACCACCUUCUCCCAAAAAGGAAAUGGAUACAUGGAUCAUGUCAGGCUAACAACACAAAAACAUACUCAUAUCUGUGUGAUCAGACAUAAAAAAAACUGUAUACGUGAAUAACAGAAACCGUCAUAUGGUAUUCACACAAAAGUUCUUCAUUUCCUGUUUCCUUUCCCCCCUGUGUGUGUGUGUGUAUCGUCUGAGACUACAUCCACACUGAGCCAGCUGAAUUUGAAAAUGUCACUGUUUCCAUCGGCAAACAACAAAUUCUGCAUCACAGUUUUACAGACAACAGCAGGCCACAGUAGAAAGAGUUGUUUACCCUGCUGAGGAGUUGGAUAUGUGCAGCUUCUCACCUGCAGCUCUUCAUCCAGCAGCUCACUGUGGCUGCUCCCUCUUGUUAAAUCACUCCCUGCAAUAUUUUAAACUGAUCCGCUGUCAAUAAAUGACCAUCGUCUUGUUCUGCAGACGCUCUAUAUAUAUAAACUACACAUGUAUAAAGGCAGUUUAAGAAAGUAAAACAUUGAGGGGUUAUUGCCAAAAAUAGAAUAAAAAAUUUGGUUUCUUGAAAAUCAAAUAAAAGAUUAGGACUUUGAUGACAACAAAGUUUUCCUAAUGCGCACUAAACGCAAGGCUGUCAUGUUCAGAUUCAGUCACUCUGGAGCAAUUUUGAAACAGUUUUUGUCUGUUAGAAUAAAAGAUCAAAGUUACAGAUCAAAGAUACCUUUUCAGAUUUGGCCAGUUUAUGUGAAAGUUUUCUCAGAGGGAAUAAAAUCCCUCGUUCCCUCAGACCACUCAGCUUUACUCCUGCUGCUCUCCCUGCUGCAUAACAAUUGAUGAUUUUAUUUUGUAAUUUUAUAGUUUUAAUUAUAUUCACCCUGGGGGGUUUGCUGAAGCUGAGCUCGGUGCAGCAAUUACACCCAAGAGGGAAGUAAUGAGACAUUUAGAGGACGACACUGCCAAAGAUUUUAGAAAGACUUCUCCACACAUGCUCACACAUGGAACAUGUGUGCACGCACGCACACAAUUUAUCCAUUUAUAGAAAAGCAAUUAGGAGAUAAGCAAUCAGGUAGAGGGAGAGAUGGAGCGAGAGAGAGAGAGGAAGACACAGAAUAAGAAUGAGAGAGUCAAGUAACAAAUGAGAAGUGAUUGUUGUUGUGGAGAUGAUUUCCUUCCUCUCAGGAAGAGUGUAAGCUCGGGCAGGAUGUACAGCAAACAUCCUCCAUGUGUCACUCCAGAGACUCACAUUAGGCUGCAGGCAGAAAUAUGAAGUAAUUGGAGUAAUUAAUCUAAGCAUGGAUGUGUGUUAUUUAUGUGUUUAAUGUGAGUGGUGUGUGUCCGUCUGCGAGUUAAUGAAUGCAAAGAGAAAAAGUAUGCUCAAAACAAGGAGACAGCAAAUAAAGACAAAUGUAAAUGUCAUCAAGGGAACUGCUGUUCGAGACUCAGGCGCAAAGUGAAGCAGUAGUCUGGUAGUCUGGGCUUUUAAGAAUGCCAACAGGGCAGCUCUGUGAAAAAUUGCUUUCAAACACUCCUGAAUCUUUCCGGUGACAAGUGAGAGAGGAGAACACAUCCAUGCUUUGUUUUUACAGCAGAUCCCUGCUGUGUACCUUCAAAAUGUCAACCUUUAAUGAAUAAAAAGCAAAGUCAGGGAUGCACUGAUACGCUUGUUUAGAGGUCAUACCCAUGUCCAGUAUGUUUGUACCCAUAAUGCCCAAUUAUCUCAACAUAUAUUUUUCAAAAGAAUCUAUUUUUCUUAACAGUCAAAAGGCCAUGUUUUCUUCUGUCGCCAAUUUUACCGGUGAAAAAAAAUCCCAACAUUUUUAAGCUACAUGUGUUGAUUCUGGCAGCUAGAAGGUGCUUGACAUAACUGUGACACAUCUUUGUCUGAUUAAGUUGUUCAUUCAUUCUUUGACUUGUCUUUCUUUCAAACUGAGGAAUGUUUCACCCUCCUUUAAGCCCCGUUUUUGUCUCUACCAGUCUGUGAGAAAACUAUGUGGCUUUUUAGCCACUAGAUGUUCGACUUUUUUACCAGCUAGCUGUAAAUAUUGUCUGUUGUUUGGUGCCGGACAUAUCGGUAGUGUACAGUGGGUUUAUCAGCGCUUGUUUACUGAAUAUGGCCGCCUGCUGCUGUUGGUAGUGGGGUUGAUGAGAGGGCUGAGACUGACUGUCUGUUCAGACAGAACGCAAGAAAAAUUUCAACAUUUCAAGUUGAAAACAUUUCAACUUAAAGCAAAAACUUUGUGUGUAUCCCAGGCUCUAUGAAUCUGCUUCAUAAACAUACAAAGACAAAGGGAAAACAGAGAGAGACCGCAGGGAAAUACUGUGUGAGAAACAACCAGAGUAUCUGGUGAGUUCUUACAACAGUCAGAGGCUGAACACAAACACAGAGCCACAUUACCACUCACAUCGCUGGUGUGACUGGUGUUAACUAGCUUACGGUUAACACACAUUUGGUACGUUGGCUGUUUCUGUUUAAACACACCUUGAACCACACAGUUGUGCUGUAAAACCAAAACAAAGCUGAAAGAACCUAGAGAACCCACAAGUUCUCUAGGUUCUUUCAGCUCAUUGUUUUGGUUUUACACCCCUGUACACAGCAGCCAUUUGAUUGAUUUUCAAGAUAAUGAUACUGUUUAAUAGAGUUUUAAAGCUGAUAUGGGCCAACUUACAGUUUCAGUGCAUCCCUAAGAAAUAUACAAACUAAAACAAAAGAUAUUGUUGUUAGGAUUAGGAAAAGUUUUUAAUGUUAACUUUUCCAGCUGACAUCUCCACAAAUUCACAGGCGGUUGAUUUCAUUUGUGAUCAGGAAAGGUGAACCUUCAACACAGGAGAAGAUAUUUUCAGGUGGCUGCUGAGUUUCAUGAAUACAAAAAUUUCCUUCUGCCUCACAGAACCGGGAGUUAUAAGACUGUCGACAUAAAACCAGUGACACGAUAUAACUGAAACAGUGAAUCAAGAUAAGAGGAAUAGACAAGGUGGACCUGUAAAUCAUAAUAAAAUUGUAAAAGGUAAGUCUUUAACAGUAACUCUGUUAAUCCUGUUGCAGGAUUUAUAUAACAUUUUUGUGGGUGACGUCCAUUAACAAGUCAACAGGCUGAUGAAAACCCAGUGAGCUGCGCUAUUAAACUGCAGCACCAGUUUAUAUCAAAAGGAAACAUGGAAAAGCUCAUUUAUAUAGAGAUUUCUGAUGCAGUUGAGUGCAUCUAUUAAUAUGAUUAAGAUGAAUGUAAAUUGUGUGCAUACUAGAUGAUACAAACAAUAUGUGGAAAAGAAUGUGCUCACUGCAGCCACUAACAAACUUGACAUUCGGGAUUCAUCUGUGUGCGUGUGUGUGUGCGCGCAUGUGUGUGUGUGCGCGCGUGUGUGUGUGAGACAGAAUGAGAUAGAUAGAAGGAUAGAGAGACAUUCGGGCAGAUGGGAGCUGGAGUGCGUCCUCUCAAUGGAAUUACUCUCCGUUAAACAAGCUAAUCUUGAAAGAUUUGAAGCCACACAGACAAAGAUUUUUGUUUUCUGAGCCUAGCAUUUUAACAUCACACAUGAUGCCUCCAUUCAGAGAGAGGAGACGAGGCCAGAGGAGAGCAGGAGGAUGUCCAUCUGCGGUGAUAAAAACGGUACAUCUGUCCAAUGAAAACACGCUCCAAAUUUGUUCUGAAUUAGAUUUGCUUUUUAAGGUCUUUCAAAUAAACUUAAGGAUAAAACCCUUUUAUAAACCUUUUGGAUUAACUCAAAAAUGCAUUACAUGCAUUAUUAUGCAUUAUUAUUUGGAAAAGUUCAAUACUCAAUUACAAUACUGAUUCAAUAGCUUAGUUUUGGUGCAAAAAGAAUACUUAACACCUAAAUGCAAGGAAUAUAAAUAUGUUUUUCUACAAAAAACUUUAAUAUAUUUAAAAGUUAAGGAGGGUGUUAUUCUAUGUUUUUCUUAUUGUCAAUAAAUGCCAUAAAAAGACCAAAACCAACAAAAACUUUGUCCACCUCGUACUUUUUGACUUACCUGCCCUGUCUAAGGCACUCACCUCCAAGCCCAGAGGUUCCUAUAGAUAGAUAGAUAGAUAGAUAGAUACUUUAUUGAUUUUAUUGAAGACAUAAAUCUUUCCAAAAAAAAAUCACAAAUGUAUAGUGGAUGGCUGUGUGAAGGCUCAGUCAUUUCUGUACUCAAACAGGAGAAAAUUGUGCAUUUGUUGGGGACUAUUUUCAGCUGCAGAUUAGCGCAAACUUGAUGCUGUAGUGAAUAUUUACAGCAGACUGUCCCUCACAUAAAAACUAUUUUCAGAAGUCAUUUUUUGCAAGCAGCUUAUGAUGACCCAUAGAUACAGAUUAUUGUUAAGCAACAUCAGUUGUGUGAGACAGCAUCAGUCUUUUCAGAAAACAUUUAUGUUACACUUAUGUUCAAGUGACAAAGGCCUGUAGUGGCUGUAGUGAUUAUGACAGGCACGGAGGAGGAAGUCAGGUGACGUUGUUAGGAUGUAUAGAGCCAAAGUCUGGGAGGAGGUGAAUGAAUGGGUUGACAAAGCAUUGCACUUGGGAGACAGCUGUUCAUCUCCUACUUCAACCAGAGACACAUUUUUCAACAGUGAAUUUUUAACAGUGUAUCUGUGGCACAUCAGCGCAGCAGUGUGGCACUGAUGUGUUUUUAAUAGUGGAGCUCUGUGACACAGAGGAAUAAGAUACUGUAUAUCAGGCUUUGAAUAUACACAUAAUACUUCUUUGUACGAUGUAUUUGUUGUUGACUUUGGUCUUUUUAAGGGAUUUUUGUAUAAUAACCUAAUCCUUUAACAAAAGAAGACAAUAUUGUCUAAACAUAAGCAGCAACAGGAGAAACUUUGCCUAAAUGAAUAAAUGAAAAUUGGGAGAUUUAGGAUUCUUUUUCAUAACUGUCUCAUCGAUGAGUAACUGAAGAGUAAAUUUCCAAAGAGUUCUCAAUACUCAGUGCUAGGGAUGCGUUUGGACAGUAUCUAAAAAAGUAUUAAGGUUCACUACUGAGCCCUUAUCUUGAAACAAAGCAGAUAUCCAGGAUCUGAAAAACUUAUAUUUUGGAGAUGGUUUUCACAUAACUGCUAUAAAGCAACAAGUAAAGGAGAAUAAGUUUAAAUAGGUUUUCUUGCUCAUUUUAUCAUUUUAUUCACAUCACAUCUAGCGAAGUAAAUAUUUUCCAGUGACCUUAAAAUUACUGAUUCAAUCUCUGCGACAGCUACAUGUGUCUAUCAAUGCCAAAGUUCCCUUAAGCAAGACACUGAACCCUUCCUGCUGCUGGCUCCGUGCUCAGGUGAAUGUAGAUAAAUGCAAACAUGUCUCAGAGAAAGUCAAGAGUGAGAAGUGAUAAAAAUGAAGCUCUUCAGGAAAUGACCCAGCCAUUAUUAUAUUUACCCUGCAUUUAUUGAGUUAGACAUUUACAAAACAUAUUUUAACUCUAGAAUCGUUCUUCCUAGUCACUGAAACUUUCUUUGACUGAACUCCACCACGGCCUCGUCUUGUAGACACGUGUCGAUAGUGGCUCGGCCCUCUCUUUGACCUGAUAUUAAAGGGCCAUCCAGGAGGGAGGGAUGAUGGAGGGAAGCGAUGGAAGCUGCUGACAGUCUCAUUAAUCAGACACCAAGACAGAGAGGUGCUGGCCUUGGCUCCAACAUGAGACACGACAGCUCAGACAUUGACUUGUGCCGCAACAAGGCGCGACGGUUUGCCACCCCACCCGUGAUCCACGGCUUUCUCGCAAAGGUCAGACACAGACCAGCCAACACCGCCGGUUGACUCUAUUGAUCAUGUUUAUUUGUUUCACUGAGUGUGCCUCCUGCUCUAUUAGCUGCACAAGUUCAUUUUGGUUGGUGUUCAUUUUCCUCUCAUGCAACGCUCUUCAGCGGCCUCCUUUUGCUUUUGCUUUCCUGUCAGUCAUUCAGUUCAUCCAUCCUUUUUGCCUGCUUCCUGCACAUUUUAAUGAGGAGUGUUGUACAAUGACAUGCUGUUUAUACAGAAAGUGUGUUUAAUUUUUCAAUAAAGAUAACUGCACAAAACUAAAAAGCUGUCUGCCUUUAUCUU